GUUUUUUCCCCCUCAGUCCCUCCCCUUUUCACAGGACUGCUCUUGCACUUGUUCUUCUGGCUGCCUCAGUCGGACCCGUUAUUAGCUCCACAGCUUUAGUGAACGGUAAAUAAUGGGAGUUUUACUCGAGACUAUCACCCCUGGGGAUGGGAGGACCUUCCCGAAGAAAGGACAGUUUGCUGUGGUGCACUAUGAAGGGCGUUUGGAAAAUGGCAAAAAAUUUGAUUCUUCCUGGGACAGAAACCAACCGUUCAAAUUCCAGAUUGGAAAAAAAGAGGUGAUAAGAGGUUGGGAUGAAGGAGUGGUCCAGAUGAGUGUUGGGCAGAGGGCAAAGUUGACUUGUUCUCCAGAUUUUGCUUAUGGAUCGACUGGACAUCCAGGAAUCAUCCCACCAAAUGCUACUUUAAUUUUUGAUGUAGAGCUGAUCGGGUUGGAGUCAGGGGACCAACAGUUCUAGGUUCCAUAAGUUUAAUAGAAGUACACAAUCGAAGCUUGGAAGACUGCAGGAGCGAUGAUUCUGAUUUCCUCCAUUUGCUGUACAAAGCAUCAUAUGGAAUGUUUCACUACUUGUGCUGCUUUUCUCUCUCCAUUCAUUUCAGAACUGUAUGCCAUAAGACCUCAACAUUAUCAAGUUAUUUUCUAGUUGUGAUCUUGGUUGUCUAAUGUGAUCUUUAAAUUGUGUGAUGCAGCACCAUCUGUGGAUUAAGGCGAGCAGGUUCAUUGUUUUUAUGAUUUUUGGUGUUUUGUUGAAUCUAAGUUUAAGCCAUAGAGGAAAAUUAAGGGGCUAUGUUAGAGUAUUGCAUGAAGCUGCUGAAAAGUUGGUGUUUAACUAGAAAUAAGCAAAUACUUGAGCAGUUUUACUUCACUGUGCCUAAAAAUUGUGAGUGGAUAGUUACUCUGCCUUUAUUCUUUAAUAGCAGACUAACGUGGGUGUUUUCAUAAUCCCAACAGUAAAGAGAAAGUGACAGUUCUGAUAUUGAAUUAAUGUGGGACCAGAUAGUGUUGGUGAGUAAAGAAGUUUGGGUCCUUUUUUAUCUGAAGGUGCUGUUUAAAUAGAAACUUACUUUAUGAAGAGAAAAAUGAUGCUGGACAUCACAACUGUAGUUGCAUUCUUGUCAGUGCAGCUUGUAAGAUGCAGCAUUUUUGGGACAUCUUUGCCACCUUUCUCAGUUUCAGGUAGGCAAGAGAACUGUAAACCAAUUUGUUUCCAUUUAUUUCUGCAAUAAAUUUGCUCUGCCAGCUUUUCUCAA